UAAUCCACGAUGAAAUGGGAGAAGUUAAAACCUCCAGAACCAGAUGAUCCAAUGUGUUGCUGUGAAUGCGACGUUUUCCAGCACGGAUGCUAUUGUGACUGUGAGGAUCUGGACGAAGCCUUUAACAGAUGGCUGAGAGACAAGGCACCAAAGAGUGGAUGUCAUUCAUUUCUACUGGGGGCCUUGAUUGACAACUUGGAGAUCUCCCUGGUUCCUGCACUGGUCCUGCUGCCUCUUCUGAUGCGGGUGGCGGCACUGCACUACCUACUGGGUAUCAUGAUCUUGACAGCGCUGCCCGGCCUGGUGCUCCGGCUCUACUACGCCACCCACAAGAGGAAGAGACGGUCGCUCUUCUUUCUCACCCUGGCUCUCGACUCUCUCGCCUACAUGUACUACCUCUUCAUCACUGAGAUUGUACCUCGCGGAGAUGUGAGUCGGACGCAGCUAUGCACCGUGACAGCGGGGAUGAUCUUUACUAUUGUCUCUUUGGUUCGAACCAAGAGCGGCCCGGGAUUUGUUAGUACUACACGUGAGGAGGACAUUAAGGGUUCACCACAUCUCACUGGGUCUGUUCAGUCAGAGGCAACCUCCAAUUUCUCAGUAUCAAGACCAAGUGGAAAAUGGAGCAGGUGUCCUGUGUGCAAAAUUGCACGACCACCCCGGGCGGGACAUUGUAGAACAUGUGGAGCUUGUGUCCAACGCCUGGACCACCACUGUGUCUGGAUAAACAGUUGUGUAGGACAGGGUAACCACCGCAGCUUCCUGUUGACCCUAUGUGUGUUCCUGCUGACAUCUUUGUAUGGGAUCACUUUGGUGCUUCACAGCCUGUGUCCUCAGCAGUAUCUAGUCAGCGCACUCUUCUACUGCCCUGGUGUCUACACUCUGUCCAGCUCAGCGCUCUGCUUCACCUGUGCCUGGUACAGCGUCAUAGUCACAGGGGGGCUGCUGUACCUACUGGUGGCACAGGUGGUCAAUAUCAGCUUCAACGUGACGGAGCGGGAGGCCCAGCUAGCCCUGAGGAACAAAACGGGCCAGAGUCGCCUGUGGGGGCUCGCCACAGGAACAUAUUCACGAGGUUUCUACCAGAACUGGGUUGACUUCCUCACUAUGGCCGAUGCCUCUUCAGGGGGGAAGUGGUACCUGAUCGGUUUCGCCUCUAAUGGCCAAUGGUUCGUCCAACGCCGCGCCUCCAUGAAAAUGGGCACAGCCAUGCUCAAUCCAACUGCAGAUGGUGACCUGGAUAUUUCAUAUGCAAGUUUAAAAUCUGACGGGACAUGUUGGAGACUGAACAACCUGGCCAAGAAGACAGAUCUGCCGGGAAAGUUCACAUACACAAGUUGGGGCAAUGACAAUGACAUGCGCAUUGUUGACGUAAAGUAUGACCAGUACGCCCUGACUCACACCAUAAGGACAGACAGGGAUCAUCCCACAAUUGUAAACAAGCUAUAUGGUCGUGGAGUGGAUCUCAGCCCGGAUCUGCUGGAGAAGUUCAGGCAGUUCUCCCUGGAAACCGGAAUCCUAGCUGAAAACAUUGCGUUCCUCCCCAAAAAUGGUGAGUGCACAGCUGCCUAGCUUCCUGCCACCCUCGGCUUAAACCAACAAUGUUGUCAAGACAAGUGGAAAGUUAACGAACGUGUGCUAAUAAAAGUCAGAGAGCUAAAAUA